AUGGCGCCGUCCUCCAGCGAGGCAGGGCCCUCGUCGUCCCGGGGCAAACACAGGGGCGGCUCUUCCUCGCACAACCACGUCCGCCCUCUGCCCAUCCCGGACGUCGCCCUCUUCAGCAUCGAAUACCCGGGCAUCCUCUCGACCGCCUCUCCGACGCAGCAGCAGCAUGGCGCCUCUUCCGACGUCGACCAUCAACUCAGCUCCCUCGACAAGGCGCUCGCCACGCUUCACGCCUCGUCGCCCCUCCCGCCCGUCACCAGCACGCCCCACGCCGCACUCGGCUCCCUUUCACAGAUCGCAAAUGGCUCCCAAGAUCACGUCGAGUGCCGCCUCGGCCAAUAUCCGACCUCCUCGGACCCUCGCACGCACACCCAAGCCGACGCCGUCCAGAUCUACCGCAGUCCGCUCCUCGGUGCGGCCGUCGACACCGGCAACAUUGUCAUCUGCAUCACGAAGCGCACUUGGCGCAAGAAGAAAAAGAGGCAGAGGACCAGCGAGGCAGCCGGUGCUCAGGACGACGAGCGGCAGCAGCAGCAGCAGCAGCAGCAGCAGCAGCAUCGCUCCGACCACGAUUCCAAUGCCAUGGACAUCGACCCGGCGCUGUUGGAAGGUCAGGCUGCGCAGGAACAGACUGCAGCCACAGCAGGAGCACCAGCGGCGGACGCAGAGACAACAAGAGGUACCGCCACCGUGCCGGACGAAGACCGAUACACUGGCGAGGUGCGGCGCGAGUACAAGGUCGAGGUCGUCGGCGUCUCCACAAAGACGGUGCGCUUCCGCUCCAUGGCCGACUUUGCCUAUCGCCCCGACCUCGGCCCUCCGUCUCGUGCCAAUCCCGCAUCGUCGUCGCCAUCCACCUCGCCAGCGCCGUCGUCGUCAUCGCAGCUGCCGCCGGCCGGUGCCGCCAGCAACCCGUCUUCGGCUUCGCCGGCACCGCAGCCCUCGCUCGUGCAGUGCCACGGCGAUCCCAUCGUCGAGCUGCACGCGGCGCUGGCCACCAUGGACCUGGCCAAGCUGCGCAGCUUCGAGAUGCCAGAGCAGCUGCAGGACUACACCAGGGUCGACGCCGCCGGCCGCGAACGCUCCAACCUGCGCAUGCUCCCACCGGCGUCGUUUGUCCGCCCGACGAUACCCUUCCACUACAACUUCCAGCAGCACAACAAGGCCGAGCUCCGCAUGGUGCCGCGGCCGCGCCACCGGGCCCAGGUGCUGGACCCGGCGCGCACGCUGACCACGUCCAAGUCGGACGCCGACCAGAUCCAGCGCGUCGUCAACCGGAUCCGCCUCUUCAACAUCGCGCCGCGCGCCUACCGCCUCGGCAAGGACAAGGCCGUGCCGCAGGGUCCCACCGAAGAGGUCAAGGCCAUCGAGCGGCGCGUGUCGCCCGACGCCCUCAAGCGCUUCCGCGCGCUGCUGGCGCAGCGGCCCAUCUGGUCGCGCAUCGCCUUCACCAACCAGCUCGAGGAAAAGGACCGCUACGAGAUCCAGGGCGCCAACGGCAAAGUCUACUUUGCGCUCAUCAGCUACUCGAUGUCCGGCGGGCCGUGGAGGGACACGCUGGUGCGCUUCGGGUACGACGUCACCAAGCACCCCGAGUCGCGCUUCUACCAGCGCCUUUUCCAGCGCGGGCGCAGGCGGUGGGGUGCGGCUGCGGCCCAGAACGCCGCCAACGCUGAUGGCGAUGGUGAUGGCGAUGGCGAUGGCGAUGAAGGCGGCGAUGGCGAGGACGGCGAAGAUGACCGCGGCGACAGCGCCGAACGAGUCGGCGACGCGGAUGGCGACGAUCACGACCGGGAGGGCAGCGGCGAAGUGUCUCCAGACGCAGCCGUCGCCACCUCGCCUGCGCCUCAACCCUCGUCGGACGCUGCCGCUACCGCUGCCGGCGCUGAUGCUGCUGCUGCUGCUGCUGCGGCGGCGGCGGCGGCGGCGGAGGCCUCGACGACCUACCACAUCUUCAACGGGGUGAGCCUGCAGCGGGAAUUUGGCAACUUCCAGCUGUGCGACAUCACCGACCCGGUGGCGUUGCCGUACAUCCAGCGGACCGAGCCCAUGUCGCUAUCGUCGAUCGACGGCGAUGGCGACGUCGACGUCGACGAGGGGGACGGAGAACGAGGGGCAGGACGUGGUGGUGUCAGGAAGGAGGUGGCUUGGUUGAGGGACGAGUGCGAUGACGAUACGGGGUGGUAUACCCGCGAGGCGUGGGAUCUGAUCCGAUCCGUGGUCAAUGCGCGCUAUGGACGGUUGAGGGAGAAGGGCGUCGUGUGUACCGAGGAGGAGGUGCGGCAGGUCGUCAGGAGGUGGAGGGAUAGGUGGUCCGAGGACGAGCGCGAGCGCGAGCGCGACGGCCUCGUCGGCGUCGAUGGUGAUGGUGAUGGGGAGACCCAGAUGGAGCCCCAGGAGCAGGAGCAGGAACAGGGCGACGACGACGACAUGAGAGAGGCAGAUUUGGACCCGGCCCUGCGAUCGUAG